UCGCAAAUGUAGGAAUUCUUCUGCUGUGACUGAGUGUUUCCGGUUGGGUGUGAGCUGGGUUUUGGUGUCUUUUUGGAGGAUUCUCCUAGAAAGGUUCAGAAAAUGUCGAAAUCAUUGAAGAAAAUAGUGGAAGAAUGCAAGGAAAAGAAUCAGACAGAAUUGGAUUUGAGUGACAGAGGGAUCUCUAAUAUGUUGGAUAUUUCAGGACUGUUCACUCUCUCCAAUAUCACCCAGCUGGUGCUAAGUCACAACAAGUUAACAAGUGUUCCAGCGAAUAUAGCUGACUUGAGGAAUCUGGAAGUCAUGAAUGUUUUCAACAAUCAGAUAGAAGAUCUUCCAACACAAAUAAGCAGCCUACAGAAACUGAAGCAUCUGAACCUUGGCAUGAACAGGUUGAACACUCUGCCACGAGGAUUUGGGUCUCUACCAGCUCUGGAAGUGCUUGAUUUGACAUACAACAACUUGAGUGAAAAUUCUCUACCUGGCAACUUCUUCUACCUCACCACCUUGCGUGCACUCUAUCUAAGUGACAACGAUUUUGAAAUCCUGCCGCCAGAAAUUGCGAAGCUCACGAAGCUGCAGAUCAUCAGCCUGAGGGACAAUGACCUCAUAUCGCUGCCAAAGGAGAUUGGAGACUUGUCUCAGUUGAAGGAGCUCCAUAUUCAAGGAAAUCGACUCACCGUACUUCCCCCUGAAAUGGGUAAUUUAGAUCUUACUGGUCCAAAACAAGUCUUCAAAGCAGAAAACAACCCUUGGGUUACACCAAUCGCUGACCAAUUCCAACUAGGUGUAUCCCAUGUCUUUGAAUAUAUUCGUUCUGAAACCUACAAAUACCUUUAUGGUCGGCACAUGCAAGCAAACCCUGAACCACCAAAGAAAAGCAAUGACAAGUCCAAGAAGAUAAGCCGCAAGCCUUUGGCUGCGAAGAACAAAUGAAAACGUUGAUGGAUUUUCAUCUUGCUAUUGAACUCUUCUAGCAUGCGUCCCUGAUGUGUAUUAAUUACCUCACCUAUCUUAACAUGUUAUGCCAGGAACAGUAGAUGGGUUUUUUUGUGCCUUAGGUAUUUUUAAUGGUUUCAUAUCUUGAGGUGAUACCUCAGUUUUAACAUUCUUUCCAUAAUUGCCAUGAGUGGCUUUUGUUACCAGUAACUACAUUUUGGGUGACCCCACCUCCCUCCCCACCAUUAUCUUCUAUUCACAAAUCGUGGAUAGAAUAGGUUAAUUAUGCUCCAAGAAAUGCAACCAUUUGUACGAGCUGUCACAUGUGCUUUCAGAAUUGUUCUUUUGCUAAUGCAGUAUCUGAACUUUUACUGCUUUUAUGAUGUUUAAAUAAAAUCUCUAUUUAUAUGUA